AAUGCUGCCCGGGAGGCAGGUGCCCCCCCAAGUGCCCAGCCAGCCCCAGGAGACAGGAAAAUUACAGCCUUUAAAAAAGUGCCCCUGAAGGAAGGGGGGGUAGUCAGGUGACUCGGAUGGGCUGUCCAAGAUGGCGUCUGGUGUGUGGCGCCUGAGAAGCGGAGGUUACCUGUAAGCAGUGACGGGAGGGGAGGUAGCAGGGGGACCCUGUUGCCUCUGCCCAGGAGGGCUCCUCAGCGGGUGUGCUCAGAGUGGGGGCGAUGGUGAUGCUGGGCUGCGCCUCUGGGUCUCUUUAAGGCAGCAGCCUCCCUGGCCAUGGCUCUGAGGGAGCUGAAAGUUUGCUUGCUGGGGGACACUGGUGUAGGCAAAUCAAGUAUUGUGUGGCGAUUUGUAGAAGACAGCUUUGACCCUAACAUCAACCCAACGAUAGGAGCAUCUUUUAUGACAAAGACUGUGCAGUAUCAAAAUGAGUUGCAUAAAUUCCUAAUCUGGGAUACAGCUGGACAGGAACGAUUCCGUGCUUUAGCACCAAUGUACUACCGAGGCUCAGCAGCAGCUAUUAUAGUUUAUGACAUCACAAAAGAGGAAACCUUCUCAACAUUAAAGAACUGGGUGAAAGAACUUCGACAACAUGGACCUCCAAACAUUGUUGUAGCUAUUGCGGGAAAUAAGUGUGACCUUAAUGAUGUAAGAGAAGUCAUGGAAAAAGACGCUAAAGACUAUGCAGAUUCCAUCCAUGCCAUAUUUGUAGAGACCAGUGCUAAAAAUGCAAUUAACAUAAAUGAACUCUUUAUAGAAAUUAGUCGUAGAAUUCCAUCAACUGACACCAACCCCCCAUCUAGCGGUAAGGGCUUCAAACUUAGAAGACAGCCUUCAGUGACAAAACGCAGCUGUUGUUGACUGAUACUUUAGAAAAUCAGACUUGUUUUGAAAGUAGGUGGUCUUGGAAGCUAAUAGUUUAUGUUGGGUAUAUAUUAUUGGUCUUAGAACUUAUCUGCCUGAUGUUCAUACUUCAAGGUCCCACAAAAAUGGACCAGCUCAUCUGACAUCUGUAUGCUCACAGAAGAGACUGCAGUCAUGAUAAUGUCAGCCUGUUUACUUACAACAUAUAUAGUGUCUCUUGUAUUCAAAGGGAAUCCAUCAUCAGUUCUUUGGCCUUGCGUGAAAGGAAUGUUGACAUAUGGAUGGUAGGACUGAAAUGUUUAAUAGUUUUGUAAUCAACAUUAUAUGUAAUGUUUUUUGUAAAAGGGAAAUGAGCACUUUUGUGAUCCAGAGGGAUGAGGAAGGGGGAAGAAACAGCCCUGUUGAAAUAGUGACUUUAAUUUUAAGGCUAUUCUGCUACCCUUUCAAUUGUUAUAAUGAGCAUUAUUUUAAAUAUAAUUGUAGCUAAUCCAAAGUACAGUGAGGCAAUUGGUUGUAGAUGGCUACAAAAUAAGUUACUGAUAAAAAUGAGCAAAUCAGCCCAUCCAGUCCCCAGAUCCCACUUGCACUUUUUAUUUAAAGGUAUUAUGAACAAACAAGUAAUGAAUUUUAAACCAUAGACAAUCUUACCUUUUCAUGCUGGCUUAAUCAUUUAAAGGCAAACUGAUACAUUUAUAAGCACCUAUUUGUUUUUAGUAAGCAUUUUUUUACUAUUAAAAAUGGUGGUCGAAGAGAACCUAGCUAAAACUUUCUAAAUUUAAACUUGAGCAUGACUGACUGACAACAGGUGCCGUCAAUAGUUCUAGUAAGACUUUAAUAUUUUGAGGGAAAGCUCUUUAUUGCUUUGCAUGUGUAAAGUGUUUGUACUAUAUUUAUGAGACCAAUGCCUAAAGUAUUAUAAAUUAUGUAAAAGCAGUUGAGAAAUCAGCUUUCUUCAGUCUUUCCAUUCCUCACCCAUUGAUAGAAUCUCUGGGGAUCUCCAACAAUUCUGUCCCUGCUUGUGAGGUCUUACAUUGCAAUCAGUGACCUCUUCCAGAAGAAGGUUGGCUGAUGCUCCCCUCCUAUCACAUCUGCAUUUCUGCUUGAAAUGUUUGGUAGAUGUCGCUGUUGGUGAAGCAUGUGGCUUGUCCAUUGAGCAGAUCACCUCUGCAGUGCACCCAAUCCUUGCUGGCUGAGGCACAAAAACACAAACAGGAAACCAAAUCCAAGUCACGUAUGGUAGCGUAGAUCGUUACCUCUUGGUUCCUGGGUCUAGCCCAAAUAACUUUUUAAUUACUUGGCAUUUUUUUAAGCAAAUCAGCUUUUAGCUUAUGUUGUAUUGUUUUUCUUACAUUUUAUAUUAAACUAUAAAUUGACCGUAUCCUAUUACGCUAUUUUCAUUAUUUAUUUUUAGUUUCCUCCAGAGCUAGUGGAGAACUUCUUAUUUUUAAAGAAAGAGCCUAAUAAAGUAUUUUCAAUAUUUGAGUUUAAGUUUUGAUAUUGAAGUUAAAGCCAUGUCUGUGAUAUUUGUUCCUGAUUUGUAAUUUGGCAUUCUACAAUCUUAAGUAUUUUAGCUGAAGGAAAUUUUCAAAGAAUAAGUAGGAAAUGAAACAGCUUAUAUUUCAGAUUAAAUCAUAUUCAGAAUCCUUGUUUCAAAGCUAUCCUCAAGCAAACUAUUUCACUAUUAUAGUAACUUGGUGUGAUAGAAAGCAUAUUCUGAAUGGGGUUAAUAGGCUUUAAUGAAAUGUUGGGGUUAAAACUUCUUAAGACCAAGAUUUCAAAAUGUGGCCUCUAUCUGUGGGUAUGCAGUCCUUUGAGCGUGCACUUCUGUUUGCUACAGUAGCAUACACGUGCUCAAACUUCCUGCAUGUGCAGAUGGGUUACGAGCAUAUGAAGUCUAUUGUGUGUGCCCAAAAAGUUGCAUGCACAUAAAUGGAGGCUGGUUUGAAGCCCCUAUGAAAAAAAUUGCCCUAACAAAGAAUCUUACAAUAAAGACAGAAUAAUUAUGUAUUGGUGUGCAGCAUGGUUCAGCCUAAAAUAUAUAAUAAUACGAUUGAAAUCUUUGGAUGGCAUUUGAAGCAAUAGAUUAUAAGCAUAAAGUUUUGUAAAAGCUAUGAUAGUGUUCUAUCAAAGCAGGCUAGCAACUGACCACUUAAUUAUAUAUAGUUACUCAAAGCCCUUGCACAAUGGCAAUCAUUGAAUGCCAAACUUGUUUGAAAGUCUUGCUCUGUCUUCAGUUAACCAAGUGGCAGGGUUCUAAUAAAUAACAGACCGGGAUGUGGUUAUCCACUUAAUGAAGAUAAAUUAAAAAAUUUUGAUUUCAAAGCUAGUCCAAAAAAGAUGUCAAGCAGUAUACUCAUCUGGCACUUCAGUAUACUUUUGUAGCAGAGUUCCCUUUCAGGAUAACACAAAAUAUAUUUCUCUUUAGGGUUGGGGGGUGUUUACUUGGCAGCAUCAGCUCACCAUUUUGUAAUGCUGGUUUUGUAAUCUUGUAUUAUCACUGUAACCCCACACUGAAAAUAUUUUGUACCCUUCGAUUACAAAUAAUUGCUUUUUGUUCCAGCUUCUUAUCUAAAGAUAAGAUUCAGUAUAUACUUACAGUAGGUUCUGUCGAGCUGCUACUACACACCAUAUUUUGUUAUCCUAUGGUUGCAUGGUGUCACGCUUCUACCUGUAAGCUGUUGAUGUUGGCAGUGCUUCAGAAGUCUCCUUCCCCAUUCCACACCAAGGCAUUAGGUACCUUUACUAUCUUUAAUAUAAUAUGUUCACCUGCCUUGGAUUUCUUCAGGCUUGUUAAUGGUGUUUGAGCAUAAGAAUUUUAUUGUACACUUCUACCUUGAUAUAACGCUGUCCUCAGGAGUCAAAAAAUCUUACCACGUUAUAGGUGAAAUCACGUUAUAUUGAACAUGCUUUGAUUCACCGGAGUGCGCAGUCCUGCCCCUCCCCUGGAGCACUGCUUUACCGUGUUCUAUCCGAAUUCGUGUUGGAUCGGGUCGCGUUAUAUCAAGGUAGCGGUGUAAAUCUGACAAGUGUCCAGACAUUGAACAGCAUAUUAAAACAAAUAUCUGUGAAAGAUCAAUAACAUCUCUCAUGCAGAAGAUCCGUUCAGGGACCUGCAAACAGAUUCACACCCUCUAAAUUAUCACUUCAGUGUCCUUGCACGUAAAAGUAUAGGUUUAAACUCCAUUAUCUCCUCUCUGAGAAUAACUGGCUUAACUCCACCUAUAAAAUAUGCAUUACUUGAAAAGAAGAUAUUUGACUACAGAAUUGUAGUAAUCGUCUUACAAUAGAAUCCCCAACUAGGAUCCAAUGACGCCAUAUAGCCAUAUGUCUUCUUAGCAAAUCUUUAAAAACUUGAGAAAUGUCCAAGGAAAAGCCCCUCUUUUUGGCCAGCGUUUGGUUUUUUCCAAAUACAGUUUGGCAUAUGGUAAAUUUGAUCAUGGGCAAGAUAGACUAAGAUUUAUACAUCCUCUUCUCUAACAACCCAGUCCUAUAUCCUUCCUCCUCUGACUAAAUCUUGAUGCCUCGUAACUCUUCUUCCUUUUACUUUUUUAAAUCUACACAAGUGAAAUUUCUCUAUAGCUCUACCUGCUUGAAUGAGAUAUCAGUGUAGUUUUUUUCCCUUUGUGCAAUUAAGUCUUCUGAUUCUGAAUCACCCACUGUUAGACUUAACUUGACCAUUUCCAUGCCUUCAUUAUCAGAUUACCUAAAAAUAGUUACAUAAACAUUAGCUGCCACAAAGUGUCUUGCUAGUAUCAGGCCUGUUUAAAAUGUGUCAGAAUGCUGAGAGCUAAAUUCUUUUGAUCCCAGAUCCCAACUUGAUUGUUCACUUGAAAUUAUCUGGAAGCUGAAAUACAGUUACACGAGUAAACAUCUCCCUGGAUCAGAGACAUCCAUGUAGUUGAGUGUUUGGCUUGGUGCGGUUUCAUCUCUGGCAGAGCUACGUAGCUUUCCUGCAAAUUCUACUGUAUCAGUGCAUCUCAUCAAGCCAUCAGCCUUCAGGCUUGUCUACAGUUAAAUUUAUAGCGCUCUAACUUGCUGGCUCAGGGGUGUGGAAAAAUCACCCCCCUGAGCGCAGCAAGUUUGAGCGCUUUAAAGUGCUAGUGUGGACAGGCUCCGAGCGCUGGGAGAGCUCUCUCCCAGCACUCGCGCAUGACCACAUUCACACUUCAAAGUGCUGCCGUGGGAGCGCUCCCGCGGCAGCGCUUUGAAGUUUCUAGUGUAGACGUAGCCUUCAUAUGUGCUGCACAGUGUUCAGCUGAAGUUACUUACAUUUUUUGUCCCUAAAUAACUUUUAAGUCUGUUCUUUCGGAGGUACUGAGCAUCACUGGUUCUAGUUGACUUUCUAAAAACACUCUCUUCUCUGAAGUAGAUCAGAUGCUCAGCACUUCUAAGGUCUCAACUUUUUAAAUGACUGAAAUGCACUCUUGAAAAUUUAGCCUCUGAUAUUCUCAAAGGGAAUGGAUUUUUUUGAGGUAUGAUUUGAGUAAUGGAUGAAAGUAACAUUAUCCUCUCUGUAGCACACGCAUGUCUUUCAGUAAUGAUCCUAUGCAUCUUUUCGAAACUGACAAAGUGGAAACAUUUCAGCUCUUUCUUCAGACUGUGGACAAGACUUAGUUGUUUUUCAAAUGAAGUGCAAAAGUGUAGCAACUAUUGGCUGAUAUGUCUAAGAUCAAGCUGGGAGCUUGAUAAGCAUGCUUCUAAAUUUUUUGGGGGCAAAAUCCCACAAAACUACAAUGAAUUGAACUCUUUAGUCCCAAAUAUAUGCUUAGAAACUGCUUCUCUGAUGUAUGUGGCUUUACAGUACCAUGUUUUUGUGCACCUGCUGAGAUCCUCCUACUAAGCCUCUAAAUGGACAUUCUCUGCUAGUGUACUUACUUUAACAAAAGGCAGAAACAUUCCUGUUUGUUUUUGUUUUUUUUUUUUUUUUCUUUUUCUAGAGGCAAAAUUAUUGAAAAUCCUCUGGAAGCUAGGAAUCGGAGUUCUCUUGAGAGUUAACAGUUUUUGCUACCAAGAAGUUCAAAAUUCUUGAGCUAUUUGUUGAAGCUUAUUAGAGAAACCACAUCUUGUAUUAAUAGCUUAUUUAUUUGUUUUGCCUAUCUUUAAACUUUAAAUUGAUGCAGCCCUUAACUUCCAGUGAAAUCAGUAGUAUUUUUUGCUUGAAGUGCUACAGGGUCUGGUCCUUAAUGUUUUUGAUGGGGGCAUUCUCUGCAAAAUAAACUCUUUAUGUGACUAUAUGUAAUACGAAUAUAACAUUCCUACAAGCACAUGUGAUGGGAGUGUUUCUCCUCCUUUAAGAUGGUGUAGUUGGAAAAUAUGAUGAUCGCUAUAGUGUUCUGGAAACAUCAUUCUUUAAAUUGGUCAGGAGACUGGGCAUUCGUUGUUCACUGGCAAGUUCUCAUUAGGGAGCCAUCUCCUUCGUAGAUAGUAAAGCCUUCAAUUUAGUUGCUGAAAAUAAAAUCAUUCAAGGUGAAUAUCUUGCAUGAUUUAAAAGCUAGCCUCGACAGGCUCUUCAUGAAGAUGUUAAAUCUAAACUAUUCCGUAUUUAAUAUUACUGGAGACAAAAAAGAAGCUUUAUCAGUGAUGUUUGGAUGACUUCUCUCCUUGUGGAAGUGUCUCUAGUAUUUAUUGAGAAUGAGGUUUUAUAUUUUUGGUGUGUUGACUACUUUGGGAAUUGCAGAUUUACAGGAGAUGCUGUCUGAACUCCAUCGCCUGUCACUCCUCCUUUAGUGAGCCUUGCUUAUAAAUAGCAAUAACUAAAUAAAAGUAAAAAUUCAAAGCAAAUUUUUUUUUAAAGGGCAAGAAUUUGGAUUAUUCAUAGACCUACUGUUACUAGCACCAUCCCAGACCACAUCUUAUUUGUUCAAAUAAUUUCAGGUUAAACCACGAGGAGUCCUUGUGGCACCUUAGAGACUAACAAAUUUACUUGGGCAAAAGCUUUUGUGGGCUAAAACCCACUUCAUCAGCUGCAUGGAGUUAAAAAUACUGUAAGCAGUAUUAUAUAUGAAAAGAUGGGAGUUGCCUUACCAAGUGUGUGGGGGAGGAAAUCAGCGCUAAGGAGACCAAUUCAAUUAGGGUUGAAGUGGCCUAUUCUCCACAGCUGAUUACUUUUGUAGUGCUAACGAGGCAAUGCAAUCAUGGUGGACAUGGCCCACCUCCAACAGUUGACCAGAAGGUGAGAGUAUCAGCAAAGGGAAAAUUUACUUUUUGUAGUGACCCAUCCACUCCCAGUUACUCACUUGAGGAUCCUAGAAGCUUCCAAAAAUUGAUCAAGUUUAUUAGUCAUCCCAACACCACAGAGAUAAGAACUAAAUAAAUGUCUAGGUUGAUUUUUGCACUCUUCUAGCAGUCUGAGUUCACAAAUAAUAUUCUCUUCAUGCAUUCUUAUGGAGCUACAGUCAGUCACUUAAUAGAAGAACCAUGUGUCCAGAACCAAACUACGUAAAAGAUGACUAUAAAAUUCUACAAAGAAAACUGACAAGAUGAAUGUUCAUUUUACAUUCCCAGCUGUACGUUUUAUUAGACAACAAAAAACUUGUUGCGUGUAGAAAUGAGAUGUUGGCAUGUGGAUGUUUGAGGCAAAAAUAAAAUAUGGCUUCUAGGAUAAAAGAUCUGUAAGCUGUCAGUUCUUUCUGGCCAAAGAAUGUGACAGCAGAUGCCUUGUCAAGUGGCUCCAACUUGUGGGAGGAAGCAAGUUUGAAACAACGUUUUUCGGUUUCUUGUGUAAGAAUCCAUGUGCCAAAUCGUACUUGCCUAUAAUUUCAGAAAAAUGCCUUCUGAUUCUCUGGAGCGUCGAGAAAUAAAUGCAGAUCUUCCUGGUAAUACAGCUGGAACCAAAGAUGCCGAACUUGGUUAUACAUUUUUGACCUUCCUGAAGUUUAUCCAGGCAGUGUCAUAGAAAGGAAAUCCUGUAGAGGGUGUUUGGAAGAAAACUUCUAGAUGGAUUUGAAACCAGAGUCUAUCUUAACCUGAAAUCCUUACUGGCAGCAGAAGUUUUUCUGAGACCCUAACUGAUGGUCCCA